AUGUCGGUAUCAGCAGGUAUUGAGAGCCUUCCAGAGGGCCACGGCCUCUGCUACAACAGACAGACCUGUGGCGGUGCCAUCUUCGACCCCGCCGCCAUCAGUACAACAGGCUUCUACCGAGUUUCAAGGAUGGUCUAUGGGUCCCACAGGAAACAUCUGGAAGAUUUGGCAUCUGUUGUGCAUCGGACCCAUGUUCUACUUUUGCUUGCUCCGUUCGAAGUCGGCAACCCAACCUCGAUCAUAGUAUGCGGCCGCAACUGGGCGGCGCACACCAUUUACCGGAAUCAGGCCCCAGAACUCACAACAACCGAUGAGACCAUAACCACAACCCAGCCAAUCUCUCGUGAUACCAUCUCGACAACACAAACAUCCUCAUCCACCUCAGCAGCCUCCACAGACGACAGCACUAGCGACAGUAGCGCGUCCCUCCCCAUAGGCGCCAUCGCCGGUGGUGUCGUCGGUGGCGUCGCCCUCGUCGCCCUCGUCGCCCUCGCCUUCUGGUUCCUGCGCCGCCGCUCAAGGCAACGGGACACUGCGACAAAAGCGCAAGCAACAGGAAACUACGGCGCGUACGGCGCAGGGGCUCCGGGCAGCGAUUAUCCCAGCGAGUCAGCCACGGCCGCCAUGUCCAUGUCUCAGUCCGACCGGCACACGUGGACGCAGAGCCCCCCUCAUCAGGGUGGCGGCCCAGAGCACUACUCGAGUCCCGGGUAUCCAAUGCCGCACGGUCACCAACUUGUUCCGCAGCAGCCGCCUGUGGGCGAGCUCGGGUCCUGGCAAGGUCACGGGCUUGGGCCUGGCGCCGAGGCGAUGGAGCUGGACGGAAGCUACGCGAACGAGGCCGGCAGGCAAAGACCGUUGUCAGAGUUGCCGGUGGACGGGCACCAUGGGUCCGGAGGGUCGGGCUAUGGGAGGUGA